AUGUCUGCUUCCCACCCCACUUCCAACCAAGGUCUCACCAACGAGCGUCCCGGCACCUCAGCUGGCGGCAGUAGCCCUGCCUCUGCUGGUUCCCCGACCUCUCCCAACAUGGGCCCCGAGUACCACUCACCUGAGAUGCAUCCUCCUCACUCGCACGCCGACAUCCAGCAGGAGGCUCAUGGAAUGCACCACAACCACCUCCAGCGUCGUCUCACCAACACCUACGAGCAGGCCCUGAGAGACCGUGCCGCCGCCACUGGUGAACAACAGCACAUUGACGACAUCGGCCUUGCCAUCCGCAGCGACUUUGGCGGUCCCGAUGCUCCUCCUGCUCUCUACCCUGGCAGACAGCCUAGCUUCAAGCUGAGCGACCAGAAGAGAGCCGCCGUGGAGCACAUCUUCAACAACGACGCCAGAGGUGCUGGCUACACCACUUCCGCUCCCAAGAAGUAG